AUGUUACUGACGAAUGAAACUAGAAAUACCUAUAAGUUACAAAUCGAAGCCAAUGUCAUAGCAGAAAGAUUAAGAAAAAUCGUCGAAAGCAAGCUUGCUAUUGAAAACUCAACAAACACACAUCCCGACUGCUUAGUUCCCAUUGGCUCGUCACACUUCAUCAAAGCAAGUAAGUCCGAUUCUCUACGAAUGCUCGAGAACUUCCAACGGAGACUAGUGAAGAAGUUAGCUCAUCACCAGCAUUAUGCAGAAUUGAAAACAAGCUCUGAUAUCCCUGCUGAUGCCGCUCAUCACGACACCGAGGCACAUGCAGUUGAGAUAUUGGAGGAGCUUGAUGAUAAUGGUGACAUCAUACGUGCAACUUUGAAUGGCAAGAGCAUCGAAGAGCUCCACGAUUCCCGUCCUUCAAGUCUUAAUGCCCACUCUCUCCGAGAUUCACAAACAAGCAGACAGAUAAAACGUGAAAGGAACGGAGGAAAGGACUCAACCCAUAUUCCAGGCCAAUUUGACUCCAGUAAUUCCAAUAUUAUAGAGUUUGAGGUGCUAGCGCAAGAACUAUCUGAUAACCAAGCCAAUGAGGGUGAUGCAGACGCUUCCGAUUACGACGAAUAUAUUCUAAAUGGGCCUAAGGAUCUAGAGGAAGAGUCCAAUGUUUCUGACGACAAUGACAGUGAUGAUUCGUACGCGGACAACGUGCUCUUUGGGAAUGGAAUGUCCCUAAUUCCAGCUCACGGCUCAAUCGAAAAAAGACUAAAGGAGGAGCUCCGAAAGCUUGGUCUGGCUAAAAAGACAAGCUCGCCAAAAGGUGAAAAAACAGUGAGGUUUGAUGAUACCCUCCAUAUCAAAACAAUAGCAGAGGAAGUUGAUGAAAACCGCGGUAAAAUACUGAGAUUCAGGAGGGAGAACUCGGGGCGUUCAAGCGAUGACGCUCACAGGUUCUCAAAUCCUGAUAGUGUGGUGAAGGAAGAAAUAGUGGAAAGGCCAACUGAGAGACCAUUUCUCAAAGAUCAGAUUGAGAUGUACGAUAGUGCUUUGACGCACGAGAAUCAAUCAUUCCUAGCGAACAAUACUGAAAAUGAGAUGUUAAAGCUUGUGCAAGGAUAUUACAAUGCUCUUUAUAACACAGAAGAGUGUCCCUCGGGUCCAAUUAUCGAUAACGUGACCGAUCUCUGUUCUCUUGAGGGCAGCGAAUUGGGGGACAAAAUGCUGGACUCAAACUCCGAGACGGAAAAUGUCGCUCGCAAGUCAGAUAUCGCUCAAGGGUCAACGAAGGUGAUAGAAGACAAGGUGAUCGAAAGACUGGAUACCGUUCUGGGUGACCCUGAAAGCUUUUUUACAUCGGAGAUUGAGAAUGACUAUAUGUUGUUGAAAAAGAGGAUGGCGUUGAAGGAGCGAUCGACCGACGAGUCCGAAUUGCGUAAACCGGAGGAAUGCAUCGAAUUGUUCAAGCACGGCCAAUACUUGGGUUGGUCUGGUUUUACUGGAGUGGGUGCGCCGAAGGUGAUACCUGCGGCGUUAGUGAACCAUGUUGAGAAGAAUAGUUUGCAAGGAAAGCUUGCUUUCAAUCUUUUUGUUGGCGCGUCCGCUGGCCCUGAAGAGUCUAGAUGGGCAGAUAAUUCCAUGAUUUUACGCAGAUCCCCUCAUCAAGUAGGGAAACCAAUUGCAAAGGCGAUCAAUGAAGGCAGAACCAAGUUCUUUGAUAAGCACUUGUCGAUGUUUCCUCAAGAUUUAACCUACGGGUUCUAUACGAAGGAGAAGAGCAAUGAUCUUCUUGACUUCACUAUAAUCGAAGCAACUGCCAUCAAGGAGGAUGGCUCUAUUGUACCCGGUCCCGCGGUUGGUGCCUCCCCAGAGAUGUUGUCUGUGUCCGACAAGAUCAUAAUUGAAGUGAAUACAAAGACUCCGUCUUUCGAGGGAAUUCAUGAUAUAGAUUUGCCAUUGAACCCACCCUUCAGGCCACCUUACCCUCACGUUACCGCUGACUACAGAGUGGGUCGCACUUCUAUUCCAGUUGACCCCUCUAGAGUCGUUGCCAUUGUGGAGUCGACUACGAGAGACAAAGUCCCACCAAACACCCCCUCGGACGCUUCUUCACAACAGAUCGGAGCUCACCUUAUUGAGUUUUUUGAGCACGAAGUGAAAAUGGGGAGGCUUCCAAAAAACCUUUUACCAUUACAAUCUGGUAUCGGAAACAUUGCAAACGCUGUCGUGGAAGGAUUGGCAGAGUCCAAUUUCAAGAACCUCUCUGUCUGGACAGAAGUUUUGCAAGAUUCAUUUUUAGAUUUUUUCGCGUCCGGAAGCUUAGAUUUUGCAACCGCAACCUCUAUUCGCUUGACUGAGGCAGGAUUCGAGAGAUUUGACAAACAUUGGGAUGAGUUCUCAAAGAAAUUAUGUUUGAGGUCACAAGUGGUUUCCAACUCGCCCGAAAUCAUCAGGCGACUCGGAGUCAUCGCCAUGAAUACACCAGUGGAAGUGGAUAUGUAUGCACACGCGAACUCUACAAAUGUGAUGGGAUCAAGAAUGCUUAAUGGUCUCGGAGGUUCUGCCGACUUUUUGAGAAAUGCUAAACUUUCGAUCAUGCAUACCCCGUCCGCAAGACCGUCGAAGACAGAUUCUACCGGAGUCUCAUGCAUUGUUCCAUUUGCUACUCAUGUUGAUCAGACGGAGCAUGAUCUCGAUGUGAUUGUGACGGAACAAGGUCUAGCCGACCUUAGAGGUAUGUGCCCUAGGGAAAGGGCAGUGGAAAUUAUCGAAAAGUGCUCUCAUCCUGACUAUAAAGACCAGCUCAGAGACUAUUUCGAUAGGGCAUGUUUCUAUGCCGAGAAGGCCAAAUGUUUGCACGAGCCACACAUUUUACAAAAUGCAUUCAAGAUGCAUUUGAAUUUGCAAGCAAAUGGGGUAGAGAAGUCUGCAAGCUCAUCUGAUAUCAAGAAAGCCUAUUAUCAACUUGUGAAAAAGUAUCAUCCCGAUGUGAACAAAGAUAAAGAUUCAGAAAAGCGGUUUCACAAGAUCCAAGAGUCUUACGAGCUCCUCAGCAAUAAGGAAAAGCGUUCACAAUAUGAUCAAUUCGGUGCAGCUGGGUUUGAUGCAAAUGGUAAUGCCAAUCCUUUCGGGGGUAAUCCUUUUGCAUCACAUUCGGGUAACCCAUUUGGUGGUGGGCAAGGUAAUCCGUUUGGGGGAAUGGGUUUUGAUUUCGAAGAUCUCUUCAAGCAAGCAUUUACCGGCAGUGGAAAUGCUCGAGGCUCCGGUGGUCAAAGCCCUUUUGUAACGAGGCAUGUUGGCGACAACAUUGAAGUCCUUAAGUCAAUUUCGUUUCGAGAAUCUAUUUUCGGGACUAAAAUCAACUUGAAUUAUAAAGCAGUUGAUUCUUGUGUCAGCUGCUCAGGCUCAGGACUCAAAACGGGCAAGAAGAAAACGACUUGUACCAGCUGCCAUGGCACAGGUCAAACGACCCACAUAAUAGGUGGAUUUCAUAUGGCAUCUACAUGCUCAAAAUGCGCCGGCUCUGGAGUUGUAAUCAAUAAAGCAGAUGAGUGUUCGAGCUGCAAUGGCGCAGGUGUGAAAGAGGUUCCGAAAUCGAAACUGGUGGAUUUGCCAUGUGGUAUAGCAGAUGGUUCUCGAUUACGGAUCCCAGGUGGCGGUGACGCCCCAUUCGCAUCCAAAGAUCCCUACAGCCAAAUCGUUCAUGGCGAUCUCAUAGUUCGCGUACAUGUUAAGAGAGACCCCGUUUUCGCCAGAGAAAAUAACGACAUCACAAUAACGCGUGAAAUUCCAAUGACCACAGCUGCCUUAGGAGGAGAGAUUAUCGUACCCACAAUCGAUGGUCAAAAUGUAAAAUUAAAAGUCAGAUCAGGCGUGCAAUCAGGAAGAAAGCUUACCGUCCCACAAAAAGGUGUUCCAAUUAACAGAAACAUGGAAAAUAGAGGAGAUAUGGUGAUCAAUCUCAAUGUCAAAACACCUGUACCGACAACACCAUUGCAAAAAGCCUUGCUCGAAGCUUUGGCGGACUCUUUCGCAGAGAAGACCGCUGAGAGCGCGACGCCAGAGAGUUCUCAUGACCAACCUAACUUCGGUGCACUGAAAGAAUCUACAGACGAGUUAGCUCACACAUCUAAAUUGGAAAGCAUUAAGAAUAUCCUAGGGAAGUUCUUCAACUUUAAGGACGAGAAGCCUUAG